UGGAACAGCGACUGAAAAAAAAAGAUCACCAACAGACGGUUUCAAGCUCCCCGCGACGGCAGCAGCCCCUGUUCGGAUCGGCAAUGUUGAGGAUGGAUGUAGCCUGCUAGAAAAAAAGACACCGGGGCACAGUGAGAGAGAGAACACUACUGCUGUGUAGCUAUGGAGAUCGUACGUGGUCGCUUUCUUUGACAGGUGUCGGAACCGGACUGAAUAAAAAGUAUCGAAACCAGCUUCAAGGAUGUACGCCAAGGGGAAAGGUGCUGUUGUGCCCUCAGAUAACCAAGCAAGAGAAAAGUUAGCGCUGUACGUAUAUGAGUACCUGCUGCAUGUAGGAGCACAGAAGUCUGCACAGACCUUCUUGUCAGAGAUACGAUGGGAAAAGAAUAUUACGUUAGGGGAGCCUCCUGGAUUCCUGCACUCGUGGUGGUGUGUAUUCUGGGAUUUGUAUUGCGCUGCGCCGGACAGACGGGAGAACUGCGAACACUCCAGCGAGGCCAAGGCCUUCCAUGAUUACAGUGCGGCAGCAGCCCCCAGUCCUGUGAUGGGGAAUAUGCCUCCUAAUGAUGGUAUGCCAGGAGGACCCAUGCCGCCUGGAUUCUUCCAGGGUCCGCCAGGCUCCCAGCAGUCUCCUCACGCACAGCCCCCCCACGGCAUGGGACCACACGGACAGCCUUUCAUGUCGCCACGGUUUCCAGGUGGACCCCGCCCCUCUCUCCGAAUGCCAAAUCAGCCUCCCGGGGGAAUCCCUGGUUCUCAGCCUCUCCUGCCAAACAGCAUGGACCCCACCAGACCACAAGGACAUCCUAAUAUGGGCGGGCCAAUGAGAAUGAACGCUCCACGAGGAAUGGGGCCCAUGGGUCCACAGAACUACGGGGGUAUGAGACCCCCUCCUAACUCCAUGGGUGGUCCUAUGCCUGGGAUGAACAUGGGACCUGGUGGUAGAGGACCGUGGCCUGGUCCCAAUGCGAACUCAAUACAAUACUCCUCCUCAUCUCCCGGCCACUAUGUGGGUCCUCCAGGAGGAGGGGGGCCGCCCGGAACUCCCAUCAUGCCCAGCCCAGGUGACUCCAACAACUCCAGUGAAAACAUCUACACUAUGAUGAACCCUAUAGGACCAGGAGGAAACAGACCCAACUUCCCUAUGGGCCCGGGGCCUGAUGGACCGAUGGGAACUAUGGGAGCCAUGGAACCUCACCACAUGAACGGCUCUCUAGGCUCUGGGGACAUGGACGGGUUGCCAAAGAACUCUCCUAACAUGGGGGGUAUGAGCAACCCUCCCGGGACGCCGCGGGACGAUGGAGAGAUGGGUGGAAACUUCCUCAACCCAUUCCAAAGUGAAAGUGCUUCUAGGACAGCCCUGGGGCAUGCUGGGCCUCUAGUGAAGGCGGAGCUUCCCGACGCUGUCUGUGGCCUAGACAGGAAACAGAGACACAGGAAGUCCCUACUCUCUAACCCUGCCCCCUGCCUCUCUGACUUCUUGUCAGGGUCUGGACAAUGAGAGAGGGGAUGAUGGAGAGACUGGAUAACAUGGACACCCUUCAGGACACAGCAUGGUAGGGUUCUGUCAGUAACUGUCUGGAAGCUCGACAAACAUUUACAUUGGCAUUCACUUUUAUUUUGAUGUUUUUAUUGUUUCUAAUGGAAUUGAUUGUUUCUAAUGGAUACAGGGAACGAAUCUCGAAUGAUCCCCUUCUCCCUAUGUAGUGCACUGCUUUAGAGGAAUAGGGUGUCAUUUGAGACGUAGACAUGGAAGUGUCGUCUAGCCCCCCCCCCCCCUCGUUCACUCUGUGUAUACAUUUAAAAAACAAGUGUUGUGAUGUUUUCCAUUACUCUGUAUGUAAUGUAUUAUUGCUAUUCUUUUAUAAUAUUUUAUUGUUAUGAUUUAAUAAUAUUAUGAUUCUGUUUAUUUUAAAAUGUAGUUUUUUUGUUGUUGUUGAAAGGGCAUGCACCCACUGAUGACCUCUUCGUUAGUAACGUCACAGGACGGUGAACCUUCACUAGUCUCCUUAAGGAAAACCCACAGGAUAUACACAAUCUACUGCCCAGUCAGAACAGCACCUUGGUCCAUCAUGGUACUUUAAAUUGUAAUGUCCCUCUCCAUCCCCCCCGAGAAGGCGUUUUCUCUGUAGUAGAGUAAGUGACCCUGAACAUGCAGAGGAUGCACAGUUGUAUUUAUUUGUUUAAUCUUCCUUUGAGACAGAACAGGUUGACAAUAAGUCUUAUCUGCACACUCCGGAAUCACUCUGCACCAAUCAGCAUCCACCUAGAGGAAGACAUCUUGUAAGUGUCUGGUUUUUAUUUUUUUUAAAUUACCCAGAGGGCAGUUCUUCUGACCUUCUGUGAAAUUAUUCUGCUUGGAUGCUUAAAGGACUCUUGUAACAGAGCUGAGCCAAUCAGGAGGUGGUGUGGCAAUUGCCAUGGUAACUGGCAAGACCCCCCAAGAGGACAACAUUUGUCCUUACUCACACACUCGGCCUACCUACACCCUCCCCCUCCCCAACCGCCUCUCUCCUUUUGUGACGUCUCCAUCUGUCUUUGGUUUGUUUUGUAAAUACUGUAAAGUGAAUUUUGAUAUCAUGACAUGACAUUUUGAUAUUUCCGUCACAACCGAUGACCUGCGAAAUGAGUUGAUUCAGACCAACUUGGUUUGAAAAGAGACCGUGUGUGUUUUUACAGUACCUCACUGUUCAACUCAGACACAACUAGAGCCAGGAGGGACCCUCUUUAUUGGAUCAUUAUGUAGUUAGGAACUACAACUAACGUUAGAGUCCAGAGUGUUUCCUGGCCAGGUCAAGCUGUUAGGGAAAUCUCCUGUCUCUCAUAACGAUAGAUGAAAAGAAAAUGAUUGUUUUCUAUUAAGGAUUUUUCUGUAUUUGAAUUGAGAAAAGAUGUUAAAUCACAGGUUCUUAAUGAUAUGGAGAGAGUUAGGGGGGGGGGGCUUCUGGUGUAGUUUGAGAUACUGCUGUAUAGAUUCAACUCUGAACCAUAUUCACUAAGGGCAAAUCGGAAAUGCACCCAAUUCCCUAUAUAGUGCACUACUGAAGCCAAAAGUAGUGCACUACAUAGGGAAAUUGGGUGCCAUUUGGAAUGUGCCCUAGUUUGCACCAGUGCAAAGUGUUUUUAUUGUUGGAAGAGGAUAAUUAUUGGAAAACGAACCGUGAAACUGUUUAGUUUUUAAAAUGUGAGAUAUAUUUACUUACCAUAACUAGGGCUAGGAGUGUUUUAUGUGCCCUUGUCAGUGGAGGCUGCUGAGGGGAGGAUGGCUCAUAAUGUCUGGACUGGAGCGUGGAACCAUGUUUGUAUGUAACAUUUCACUGAUUCGGGCUCCAGCCAUUAGCACAAGCCUCCGUCCCCAAUUAAGGUGCACUGACCUCCUGUGGUCCUUGUCAUUUCAUGUGCUCUGGAAAAACUCAUGACCUUCUUUUGACCUUUCCACUCUGCCCAUACGGAAGGGGAUGCCUCUAUCUGUGACCGCAUGGGCAGUGCCAUUGAGGCUACAACCCAUAGGAACCCCCAUCCGGUUGACUACUUUAGUAUGGCGGAAGCCCUCAAUGGAGCUGCCCAUGCUAAAAUGGCAUUUUGGCCACAAUUAUUCUCUAUGACUCUACCUUUUUUCAAGUUGUUUCCUGACUGUGACCUGUUCAGGGAAACCCUCCUGGCCCUAGUGGUGUCAAACUCUGCACCGGUGCAAACGCCUCUCCUGUAUGAAAAAUCUACGUUUGUCACAUUGUUGGUCAUUUCUGUCUUUCUGUGGUGACGUAUAAUACUGUUUCAUUCUGGGUUGAAAGGAGGGGACAGUGGGUGAGGACACAUUUGACUGUUCCUUGGGUUUGUCCAUCUCUCUAGUCUAAAGUAGCGUCCUCCUCCUCCCUUCACCUGCACUGACGUGGAAGAUGGAUCUGUGCAGACGAAGGAGAUGACGUGAGGAGAGGAAGCCACUUUAAAUUUGAGCUGCAGGCCAUGUUUUUCUCUGACGACAAAGCAGCAUUGGAUACGAGGCAGUUACAAUGAUCCUGUGUUUUUUAAAUUCUGUUAACCCCUUUUUAGAUUGGGUGCCACCUUGAUUUGAAGAUCCAACUGAAAGAACUUUGCCCCAUCUCUUGCAGUGCUGUGUAAUAUAAAUGAUCCCAUGACAUUUGGUUGGAAUAUUGCCAUAUUCAGGUUCUUUUCGAAAGCAGCGGGAACAUAAUCUAAGGGGCCAACAUGGUAUCAUGCCAAUCUGGAUUAAACAUGGUGACGAACUGCUUCCUGGGUUUGCUUUGUAUUUCCUGAUAGGCUAGUUUCUACUCCUAAAUGUCUUGUGUAGUAAUAAAACGUUUCCUAUUUGUACGUUUUCUUUGUUGUAAUAAAGUUUCUUUAGAGACUUGAUAAAGUUGCUUAUUGGGAGAAAAAAAAAGGGGGAGAUCUUGCAUCAACAAUAAAUGUCAGUUGUUUUGGGUUUUUCACUGAGUCAUCUGUUUUUUUUCACCCCUGUGUCCUUCUCGUUGUUGUAGAUGCAUCAAAAAACAAAUAAAGUGAAUUCACUA